AUGGAGGCUAAGUGGCAAAGUGUCUCUAGCUUGGUGAGAGAAAUUGUUAAAAAGUCCCUUUUUACCGAAGAAUUGUGCAGUAUCAUAGGACUUAAGGUAUCAGAGGUGGUGGCUCCUACGAUAACUAAGACACUAACUGAUAUCAUUGGAACGGAAUGCGGGAAGAAAUGGGUUUCUCCAACCCAUAGGACAGUCAACGAAAUUGGAACUUUACGACUAUUUGGAAUAUUUACGAAAAGAGGUAGAACAGUGCCUUCAACACGUGCCGAGUGGAGGAGAAAGAAAUUCCCCCCUGUCGUAGAUAAACUCCCAGUGGAAGAACCAUCAGUAAGACACACUACCAUCAAAUAUCAGGGACUGGCUCCUACCCCGAUACCUCAAAGGUGGAGUGCGACGACUGCGAUCUGUAGUGGCAGAAACCAGGAAGGAGGUAUUGAACAAUUAAAAAUUAAAAGACAAGAACUUUCCCAUGAGAUAGAACAAGAAGAAGCUGCCAAACACACUCUAGAAAACGAAAUGCAACAAUUGCAAAUGAAAUUGGAUGGUUUAUCUACCAAUAUAAAACAAAAAAGAACUCUCUUAGAGAAUUGUGAUAAAGCUAUAAAAGAAGCUGAAUCUGCUUUUAUGAAGUCUCCACCAUUACAGUCUGAUGUGGAGUUUGGCCUCUUGUAUAAUUUGGUUUAA